AUGGAGACUGACGCGCCCCAGCCCGGCCUCGCCUCCCCGGACUCGCCGCACGACCCCUGCAAGAUGUUCAUCGGGGGACUCAGUUGGCAGACUACGCAGGAAGGGCUGCGCGAAUACUUCGGCCAGUUCGGGGAGGUGAAGGAGUGUCUGGUGAUGCGGGACCCUCUGACCAAGAGAUCCAGGGGUUUCGGCUUCGUCACUUUCAUGGACCAGGCGGGGGUGGAUAAAGUGCUGGCGCAGUCGCGGCACGAGCUCGACUCCAAAACAAUUGAUCCCAAGGUGGCCUUUCCUCGGCGAGCACAGCCUAAGAUGGUGACUCGAACGAAGAAGAUCUUUGUGGGGGGGCUAUCAGUGAACACCACGGUGGAGGACGUGAAGCAGUAUUUUGAGCAGUUUGGGAAGGUGGACGAUGCCAUGUUGAUGUUUGACAAAACCACCAACCGGCACCGAGGGUUCGGGUUUGUCACGUUCGAGAGUGAGGACAUUGUGGAGAAAGUGUGUGAAAUACACUUCCAUGAAAUCAACAACAAAAUGGUGGAAUGUAAGAAAGCUCAGCCAAAAGAGGUGAUGUCGCCGACGGGCUCAGCCCGGGGGAGGUCUCGAGUCAUGCCCUAUGGGAUGGACGCCUUCAUGCUGGGCAUUGGCAUGCUGGGUUACCCCGGUUUCCAGGCCACAACCUAUGCCAGCCGGAGUUAUACAGGCCUCGCCCCUGGCUACACCUACCAAUUCCCCGAAUUCCGUGUAGAGCGGACCCCUCUCCCGAGCGCCCCAGUCCUCCCCGAGCUUACAGCCAUUCCUCUCACUGCCUACGGACCAAUGGCGGCGGCGGCGGCGGCGGCAGCUGUGGUUCGAGGGACAGGCUCUCACCCCUGGACGAUGGCUCCCCCUCCAGGUUCAACUCCCAGCCGCACAGGGGGCUUCCUGGGGACCACAAGCCCCGGCCCCAUGGCCGAGCUCUAUGGGGCAGCCAACCAGGACUCGGGGGUCAGCAGUUACAUCAGCGCUGCCAGCCCCGCCCCCAGCACCGGCUUCGGCCACAGUCUUGGGGGCCCUUUGAUUGCCACAGCUUUCACCAAUGGGUACCACUGA